AUGGGUGGUAGCAAAGAUGAACUCACAAAGAGGUGGUUUAUCGAGAGUUGUGUGGUGUGGGUGAUGGGUUUAGAAGAAGUGAAAGCAGCGGAGAUACAAGUGAGUUCGAUAGAAUCAAAGAGGACUUCGAUGUUGAAAAAGUGGGUUCAGAUGUUGCGAACCAUAUACAUCACACAUUGGAGAUGGAGUAUGCAAGAAAAGGGCUAUAGCUUGCAUAUAAUGGAGAUUAGUCAUGAUGUUGGGAAGCUCUUUGAAGGUUUGAGCUAUCGGAGUGAUAGGAAGAAUGGAACAAUUGAUGGCAACAUUGGAUAUGAUGGGCCAAAAGUUGAUUAUGAUCUUGGGAAGCUCUUUGAAGGUUUAGGCUAUUGGAGUGACGAGAAGAAUGGUAUAGUUGAUGGCAAUAUUGGAGAUAAUGGCCCUAAAGCUGCCCUUGAGGUAUGUCCUAUUGUUGAGUUGAUUCCUUUUGUGCAUCCCUACACCCUAAAAGUGCAUUGUAAACCUCAGAUUUCUUCAGUGUUGGGUAAUUAUGAGGGAGGGUUGUUUUCUAGUGUUGUGGGUGAGUCUGAGGAAGGGUUUUUCGAUCCAAUUAUGGGUGAUUACGGGAAAUGGGAGGUAUAUUCCUAA